AUGAAAAGAAGAUCGAAGUCACACUCUGUGCCAGGCCAAAAAUACAGUAUUGGUGCAGCAAUCCUUAUCCAGAAAUGGUAUCGACGAUAUCAAGCUCGUUUAGAGGCACACAGACGAUGUACAUGGAUGAUAUAUCAAACCUUGGAAUAUGCAGGGGAGCAAAAUCAUCUCAAGCUUUACAACCUCUACAGGGAUCUUUUGAUGAGCAAGGAAGUUCAGGCACCGGAGUACAGUAACACCGUGGAUACUAACUUGGCGGAUAAGGAGAGUUCAAAUGUGACAAGUGACGACGCAUUGCAAGGAAAGGCCUCAGAGCUGUGGCAAGAUUACUGGGUACCGGACGUUCCAUCAAGUUACUCUGGACCGGUGAUUAGAUUCCCCCUAGAUGCACAACAACUUGUCGAUUUGUUGGAUGCCUUCGGACAACACAAACGGAUACAUUGCUACUACCUCUACCAGUUGAUGAACGAGGCUCGAAAGUUGCUUGCAUCUCGGCCAAAUAUUCAAAAAGCCAGUACUUCCAUUUCCAGACAAAUCACCGUUGUUGGAGAUUUACAUGGCCAGUUCGGUGAUCUUCGGACCAUACUACACAAGAGAGGGGGGGGGGGGGGGGGGGGCGGGGGGGGGCAGGGGGGGGGGGGGGGGGGGGGGGGGGGGGGGGGGGGGGGGGGGGUGGGGACGAUGAGCCUUUGGUACUAG